CUCCUCAUCGCCUCCCCACUCUGUCACUGUCAGUGUUCUGAGUAAACAGCUUGUGAGGGAAUUCUUCUUCUUUACUUGAAUCUCAUACAAUUAAGAGCCACAGGUUGAUAUCUUCUCAGCUUCAUUUCUCAGCUUCAUCUCUCACUUCUCUAAGGGGUGUUGUAUUCUGUUGAAUCAAAAUGGGUGGUGCUGGCUGGUUGUUUUUGUUUGCAGUGCUCAUGGCUGCCGCCUUGUUGUUCUGCAUGGUUUUCUUCAUCAUUAUGUUCUCCGACCUAGAAUGCGACUAUAUCAACCCUAUAGAUCUCUGCAACAAGCUCAACCAAUUCGUUCUACCUGAAAACAUCGCACACGCCUUCCUGACCUUGCUGUUCUUGAUUUCUGGACAAUGGAUAGCCUUCCUGUUGAAUGCUCCGCUUUUGGUGUUCAAUGUGAUUAAAAUCCGAAGCAAAAACCACAUGUACGACGCGACAGAAAUUUUCCGAACGCUACCGAACCACAAGAAAGAGAGUUUUAUUAAGCUUGGAUUCUAUCUUCUUUCCUUCUUUUACUAUCUCUAUCGAAUGAUUGUCGCGCUUAUCGCAGAGAGCGAGUGAUGAAGGAAUGGCAAUAGAAGACAGUUGAAGAAGACGUGCCAUGCCCAUAUUACUAUUCACCAUGUCUCUAAAUUUCAACUCGGAUAUUGGUCGAAUGUUUUCAUUUACUAAAACACUUUCUGUUCUCG